UGAGAUCACGCGUUGCUCCGAACGGUCAUGUAGAAGUUCGACUUCGUAUUUGUGCGUCCUCGCCAACUCUAUAGUCCUGAUGUUCGACUGCGAAACCCUACGCAAAGAACCUUAUGGAUUACCUGCAUAAUUUCCCAAGUGACGGCAUUUCACUUGGGCUCUAAAGCGCGCACGGUGGCGCGGUGGAUAGGAUGCAGCUCCCUCAGCACUGCGCACGGUCACCAGCCUACGCGGUCACGUUAUUGCUUACUAGCAACAGUAUAGACGUCUUAGAUGCCAUCCCGUUUCUCCACCACAGCCUUCACUCCCAUUUUCCAUCGUUCAUCCCUCUGUUCUAUGGCUCAGGGGGUGCCCAGAUCUACUUCUUGGAUGCUGCUCGGGCACACGCUGCUCAUACGACACUGCUUAUCGCGAAGCACCUCAAGCAGCGCGUCCUGCGCGUUUGGUUUAGGCUAUGGAUCACAAGUGCUUCUUUCCGAGGGUCUCAUAUAGUCGUACGUCUGGUGAGCAGCGCGAAAUAUGCGAAAUGGCGCUAUCCGGGAUGCCCGAGCACUGUCAACGGCGCGCUCGACGAGACGUCUGACCGCAGCCGUCCUCUUCCUCGAGUCUCAUCAAGAGCGAU